CUUUCUGCGUAGUGCGUGAUGAUAAUUUUAAAAAGUUGUCAAGAGUCAAUUUUGUGGCAAACAAAAUAAAACAGCAAAAAAGAAAAACAUUCGUAUUGAAUAUUGAUACUUAAGUUUACUCUUUAAAAAAACAAUAAACAUAUCCCAGGCCUCAGCAAUUAUCAUUAACUUUAUUUAUUAAAUGUUCCAACUUGGUGGUUAACCUUAACAUAUUUAUUUUAAGUUGUCGUGCUAUGGUGAGUUGCAGUAUUUUAGGCUGCAAAAGCCGCAGCGAACGCAAAGACGAAGCAAUUACAUUUCAUUCGUAUCCAUAUUAUGAAGCUGAAAAAAGGAAGUGGAUAGAAGUUACAGGACGAGUAAAUUGGCAACCUAAUAAAUACUCAAAAGUUUGCUCCAAACAUUUUUCCCAAGAAAGUUUUGUACAAACAAAAAAAACUGUUCACUUGAAACCUUUUUCGUUACCAGUUAAGCAUAUUCACGAGGUAAAUAAGUCAAUUCAAUAUACAAAUAACUCAAAGAUUAAUAUUAAAGUCAUAAACAAAAAACAUAAUAAUAGGCUUUCAAAGCUUCAACACUCAAACUCUUCACACAAUCAGGAAGUCUGUCAGUCAGGACAAGUAUGUCUCUAUGUUAAACCAGCAGAAUACUGGAAUACAAAAGACAAAACACAAACAAAAAAUGUGUCCCAGAGUUAUUCUAACAAAGAGACAUUAAAGACCGAACAUGCAAAUAAUUUGAACCAGAAAAAUACAAAUGAAGGGAAAGAAAAUAUAUCAAAUAAUACAUUAGAAUAUUUACAAAAGUUGGUAAAAAAGUUUAUAAAUAAUACAGACGAGGAGAAGGAUAUCUAUGUUUUUGUAGUGAAUAAUGAAAAUGAUCCUAGCUCAGAGCAACUUCUAUAUGGAAAGAAAUCCUACGAGUUUGCAGUAAACUGUCUACGAGGCAAAUUAGAAAAAAAAACGAAAUUGGCUGAUGAACGUAACAGAAGAGUACGCGCGCUUGCAGUAUCAAGAAGACGAUUGUUAAAUAGGAUCAAGAUAUUAGAGAAUGUUAACCGUGAAUUGAAGACGAAAAACUUUUUAUUGCAAAAUCGUAUAAACCAAAAUAUGGAUGUUGAUCCGAAUCCAGUUAUUAAUUCAAAAUCAACCAAUAUGAAUGGUGGUUCGAAAUCAGUGAUUAAUUCAAAAUCAAGCCAUAUGAAUGGUGAUGGCCCAAUUAAUUCAAGAUCAAGUGGUCCGAAACCAGUGUUUAAUUCAAAAUCAAGCCAUAUGAAUGCAGUGAUUAAUUCAAAAUCAAGCCAUAUGAAUGGUGGUCUGGAACCAGUGAUUAAUUCAAAAGCAAGCCAUAUAAAUGGUGGUCCGGAAUCAGUGUUUAAUUCAAAAUCAAGCCAUAUGAAUGGUGAUCCGAAACCAACCCAUAUGAAUGGUGGUGACCCAAUUAAUUCAAAAUCAAGCCAUAUGAAUGGUGAUCGAAAGUUGGUUAUUACAUUAAAACCUAGCGUAACGAAAAUCGACAAUAAACUUUACCUAAACCUAAGUACUUUAAGGUCAGAUCAAUGUGACGAUGAUGAUUACUUAUGACGAUAGAUUUAAUUUUUUUUGUUAUUUCUAAAAAUGUAUAAAAUGAAAAUUAC